AUGGAUACACUCGUGAAUUUUAAUGAAGAAGAUGAAAUAAUUCAACAUUCUGAACCAAACAUUGCAUUCAUUGUUGAUGAAGUUACAUUUGGCAAAGGUACACUUUAUGUUGCGGAGAGUAAACUCUACUGGAAGAAUGAUGCUAAUAAUCAAACUGUCAGUGUUGAUUACAAGUCCAUGUGUGUGUUUGGUACAUGUAAUCACCCAACUGUUCAUGAAAAACCUUGUAUGCAAAUAAUAGUCGAUUUUACUUUUAAACCUUCUGAUAGUGUGCCAUUUCAAAAUGGUAAUAGUCAUGAAAACAAUUCUGUUAAUGAAGAAGAGAAUAAUGUGGAGAAUGAAGAGGAAGAGGAAGAAAUGAAAUCUAAAAUAAAACUCGUACCUGAUAACCCAGAAUGUCUGACAGAAAUAUAUGAAGCAUUCACUCGUGUCCAACCGUUGCACAAUAGUCAUGAUUCAGAUAGUGAAGAUGAUGAAUUUUACUAUAAUGAAAAUGAUGAAUUUGAAGAUAAUGAUGAGGAUGAAAAUAUGAAUUAA